AUGACAGUGCUGAUUGGAAGGAGACCAGAGAACCUCAGUCAGCUUUAAACUCUCUGAAACAUGAUUCAAGAUGUAAGAAAACAUUCAGCUGCUCUGAGUGUGGGAGAAAAUUUGCCUUCAAGUCACAUCUGAAGACACACAUGAGAAUCCACAAAGGAGAGAAACCUUUUAGCUGCUCUGUCUGUAAGAAAUCUUUUACACAGAGUGAAAAUUUACGGUCACACAUGAGAACUCACACAAGAGAAAAGCCUUUCAGCUGCUCUGAGUGUGGUAAAGCUUUCUCUAAUAGUGGAAACCUGAAGAAACACAUGAUAACUCACACAGGAGAAAAACCUUUCAGCUGCUCAGUCUGUAAGAAAUCUUUUACACAGAGUGGAACUUUACGGUCACACAUGAAUAUCCACACAGGAGAAAAAUCGUUCAGCUGUUUAGUCUGUAAUAAAUCUUUUACACAGAGUGGACAUUUAAGGUCACACAUGGCAGUCCACACAGGAGAGAAAAGAUUCAGCUGCAGUGUUUGUAACAAAAGAUUUGCCUGGCGUUCUGAUGUCAAAACACAUAAAUGUGUUGGUCAGAUGGAAACAGAAGCUGAUGGAGAGGACUGUGGAGGACCAGAACCAGCCAGGAACUCACAUCCACUUUUCCAACCAGAAACUGAAGACCAGGCUGGAGACUCUUCUGAACCUGAGACUGAUGACAGUGCUGAUUGGAAGGAGACCAGAGAACCUCAGUCAGCUUUAAACUCUCUGAAACAUGAUUCAAGAUGUAAGAAAACGUUCAGCUGCUCUGAGUGUGGGAGAAGAUUUGGCUUCAAGUCACAUCUGAAGAGACACAUGAGAACUCACACAGGAGAGAAACCUUUUAGCUGCUCUGAGUGUGGUAAAUAUUUCACUUAUAGUGGGACCUUGAAGAAACACAUGAGAACUCACACAGGAGAGAAGAGAAAACCCUUUAGAUGCUCACUCUGUAAGAAAUCUUUUUCACAAGGUGGACAAUUACAAACACACAUGAGAAUCCACACAGGAGAAAAACCUUUUAGCUGCUCUGAGUGUGGUAGAGCUUUCACUGAACGUGGACACCUAAAGAGACACAUGAUUACUCACACAGGAGAGAAGCCUUUUAGCUGCUCAGUUUGUAAUACAUCUUUUACACAGAGAGGAAGUUUACAAAAACACAUGAGAAUCCACACAGGAGAGAAGCCUUUCAGCUGCUCUGAGUGUGGUAAAGCUUUCACUGAACGUGGACACCUGAAGAAACACAUGAUGACUCAUUCUGGAGAAAAACCUUUCAGCUGCUCAGUCUGUAAGAAGUCUUUUACACAGAGUGGACAUUUAAGGUCACACAUGGCAGUCCACACAGGAGAGAAAAGAUUCAGCUGCAGUGUUUGUAACAAAAGAUUUGCCUGGCGUUCUGAUGUCAAAAGACAUAAAUGUGGUGGUCAGAUGGAAACAGAAGCUGAUGGAGAGGACUGUGGAGGACCAGAACCAGCCAGGAACUCACAUCCACUUUUACAACCAGAGACUGAAGACCAGACUGGAGACUCUUCUGAACCUGAGACUGGUGACAUGGAAUAAUGUUUGUGCCUUUAAGUCCAAGCAAAACUUCUCAAGUAUCAAACAAAAAUCUUUAUGUAUCAACAUCUAGAUAGAAGUCAUUAUAUUGUGUGGUAGGAACAAGUACACUCUUAUUUUAAA